AUGUUGUCAUACCUCUUUGCCAAGACUGUUCUUGCGACACUUGGCCUUAUCAAAAAUCCUCAAAUUGCUGGUGUUAUUAACGGCAAAUUCACCGCAUUACUCCCCGACCGAAAUGGGGUGUUCUCAGGAAAGGGUGCUGAUCAAGAUGUCACAUUAAUCCUACUGGCCGCGCGUUCAAACCAUCCGAUGGGGAUAUUCGGCCCCGGUUUCAAAAUGUUGGGAGACUAUAUGAAUCAAAUGCAAGCUGAGCUUGCAAAAAAUGCAACACAGUACAACUAUCUCGGUACAACCUCCUGGUUGGGAUCUGGCGAGCGCCCAACAGCGAACCAACUGAUGUUUGCGACCUACUUUCGAACACUAGAGGACGUACACGCAUAUGCACAUAGUCCGCUUCACCUUAAGGCAUGGGAGUGGUGGAACAAAAUUACAAAAUCACACCCACACCUCAGCAUCAUGCAUGAAGUCUACCAAGCACCGAAAAAUCACUGGGAAAAUAUAUAUAUCAACAAUCACCUUACAGGUAUUGUAGCUGCUACCCAAAGUAUUUUCAGGCCAAGGGCCGGAAGCGACAACGUCCAAAAUACGUGGAUUCGCCCUAUUUUUGACGCCAGUACGGGUAGACUCAAGACGCACAAGGGCAGGAUUGAAGAGACUGAAGGUAAUGAUAACGAGAGGAUCUUCUAA